ACAGAAUAGUAAAUAUUAGAAAGAAAAAAAUAAAACAGAAGGUUCUGGAAGGACGAAAGGGUUUUUGCAAGGACCAAAGGGUUUUAGGAUGCACCUUCCCUAAAUUCAAUUGCAUUUGCCCUCUUUCAUCUCGAGAAGAGAAGGAGCCGUCUUCUUUUAUUCUCUCUUCCCUACUUGGAUCUAGACCAGAGUACUAUUUGAAACAAAACUGAAAAUUAGCGAUGGCAAGUUCAAGCUCCGGACCACCAAACAUCAAGGCUAUGGUCAAGGUUAACAGCCCCCAUAGAGGAGACCCUGAGAAUUUGCCAGAAGUUUUCAGCAAAGUGAUUAUCAGCAACAGAAGGUUUCUCCAGAUUUUGAUAAAAAUGUUCUAUAAUUUAUUAUCGGAGGGCUACAAGGACUUGGCUAUGGAGCUCAUUGAUAAGGCCACAGAAGAGGGGGAUGCACCAAAGGUGGUGGUCAUGACCAGCGUGCUCGAGGAGUACACUGAGGCCGGCAAGGCCACGGAGGCUCUGCAUUUGUACCAAAAGAUGUUAGAUUCUGAAGAUUGUGUCCCCAAUGCUUACACUUACAAUGUACUCAUCAAGGCACUGGCUGCAGACCCGGACCCCAAUUUUCUCGGGGUUGCCAAGGAAUGUGUCAUGGAAAUGAUGGGGAAGAAAAUGCAGCCCAGUGCCAGCACAUACAUGGCUGUGUUUGAGGCGUAUGCAGGACACGAGAAGACGGAGGAGGCCAAGCAGUUUCUGGAGGAGAUGAAAAUCAAUGGGUUUGUGGCUGACAGGAAGGCAAUGAGGGCCAUCAGGCAGCUUCUCAACGGCAAAGAACAUAUGCUCACAAGCAUCAUGGACAUUCUAUUUGGUGACUUAGAAGACUAUUCAGAUGACUCAGAUGGUGAUGAUGUAAUAGAAGAUGUCAGCAAACAGAUCAAACAUGUCAUCCAGGACAACCCAGAAAAUCCCAUGCAUUUGGAACGAGUCUUCGACAUAAUCUACAAGGCUAGACAGAUAUGUGACAGAUCUCUUCUUGAAAGGAAGUUGGAUAAUUCUGAUCUUGAUACAACCUUACCAACAAAAGAUCAAAAGACUUCUAAGAAUAACCAAGUUGUAUCCAGGGUAUCUGAGACAGUGGCAACUUCAAAGGUUGAUACUUUGAUACUUGACCCAGGGAAUACUAAUUCUAUUACUGGAAAUUUCAAAUUGCUACCUUAUCCAAGAUAUGAAGAAAAAAUGAUGAUUAAAUGUAUAGAAGAAUCAGAUGAUCGUGAACAAAGCAACUUACCUGAGAAAGCAAUGUCAACAGAACCAUAUUAUAGAAAGAAACCACAUGUUUUGCCGGGUGAACUUGUAGGAGUUGUUUCCAAUGGGCAUUCUGUUUUAGAUGGAAGGAAUGAUUGCUGUUGUAAUGGAAAAGCUCUUAACGGGACAACUACCAUGGGAAUAAUUGGUGCCACGGCUGUCUUUCUCGCCACUGAUCAGCGAGGUACUAUUGACAAACAAUAUGUACUGGUUGAUAAUUACUGCAAGUUCUAUAACAUUGGGCAAAGGAUCUUGGCGACUAUGGCAGGAGAUGCAGCAUUGUGUGAGGAAAUGCUAAACACAGCAAAAAAGGUGGUCAACACAGCUUUUCCCCCUACUGCAUUUGAACGCAUUCAUGUUGUAGCCCUUACUGCAAUGGCUUUUAUUAAUAAUUGGGAAAUAUGUAAUCCCGGUAAAACAUGUGGAGCAGAGACCCUAAUUUCUGGUUGGCACAACACUGAGGCUAUACUGUAUUCUGUUCGACCUAAGCGACCUGAAGGAGGUGGUAUAAGAUGUAUAACGCUCCCUGGAAUUGUCGCCACAUCAGGAAACGGUGGUGAACAUGCUGAGAGGUUUGCAAAUCAGUAUACAACGGAAAGCGACAAUGAGUGUGAGCUACUAACAUUCUUGGGUACUACAGCUGCUGCACUACAAACUCCCCACACUGGUGGCCAUGUCCAAAUGGGUAGAGUUCCAAGAGACGGUCCCUACAGCUUAGAUUGUGCUUUCUCAGUGCUAGAGAUAUUGCACCUCUUUUACGAACAAUUCAAGCACCUCAUGUCAGAUGGCUUUUUUAUGGUGGCUAAAAAUUUAAACUAUACCCCUGAGAAUGAUGAGCGACUAAGGGAAAUCCUUGCAGAGUAUUUGGGUUUUUCACAGAUGCACCUUAUUUCACGAGAAGAUCCAGAUAAGUUAACCAUGUUUUUAAGAUUUUCUGAUGUCCAAACUGCUAAAGGUGCUUUCCGGGUUGCUAAACAUGGGUUGAUUGUGGAUCAAUGAAUUAAAAAGCGCGCCUCAAGGCGCGCCUGAGGCGCCAAAAGCGAUUUUCUGGACUGAAAAUGAGUGUGCGUCAGGGGCUAGGCGACGACGCUGGUGAGGCGUUCUCCAAGGCGUGAAAGGCGCGAAAGGCUUCCUCCAAGGCGCGAAAGGCGUACGCGCAGAAAAAAAGUGAAGUGACGUCGUUUUGAAAUAGAAUGAGUUUAAACGCUGUCUAGGUCGCAACUGCUACCCCAAAUUCGAUUUCAGCCCUCUGCCCCUCUCUGUUCGCAAAUUCAAUCCCUAAGUCCCUAACCCAGAGUUCAAGUUAGGAGUUCGAUUUCAGCCCUCUGCCCCUCUCUACACAGCAGUCAAUUUGAGCUUGAUUGGAGGUCGAUUCGGAACAGGCCAUUUGAACUUCUGAAGUUUGAGUUUUGAGUAAAGACUUCAUCUUUUUUUAUUGGGUGAAGGCUCGGGGAGUGAGUAGCUUAAAAAUGGGGUUUGAAGGAUCCUGUUAAGGAUGGGAUUCUUCUCCAGCAUCCUUUUUGGAUGCUCUGUUCUCAGUCCUCUUUUGAAAUAGCAGCUGGACGAUAUUGAGAUGGGCUGAACUGGGUUUACUAUAUUGAGGCCGAGUAGCUAUCUGAUUAUCUCAUGUUAAUUGAUAUAUGAUUAGCUAUAUGAUUGUGUUAAUUGAGUGAUUGUCUCUUGUGUAUGAGUCAAGUACUCAUUUUGAGCUGCAGGGGAGAGAGAUCAAAAUAGGAGAUUUUUUCUUUUCUUUUGGUAAGCUGCACAGUGGGAAUUUGAGUGUUAAACUGUUAAUUGAUAGCAGCAGGAAGAUAUUGAUUAUCUCUUGUGUAUGAUACCAAUUAUAUAAUACUAGUAGAGUCCAGUACCAUAUUUCACAAUAAUUGAGUGUUAACUGUUAAUUGAUAUGCUGCUCGGUUAGUAAUGUUGUGAUUUUUGGCAGAUUGCAUGAUUUUGUGCAAUAGCAGUCGUAUACUAUAUGUAAUUGAUAGGAUGCUAUGUUAUA